GGUAUACCCACGUAUCCCACGUUGCUAGGUAGACUCGCGGCGCGUAGAAUCGAAUCGCGCCAGUAUCUGGACCCAGUGUCGUGGACACUUUCGAAUCACGCUGGCCAAAAGUGGAAAGACGCCCAUUAUGGUUAACCGUACUCUGUCAUAGUCGGUGCGACAACGAGUCACGCGCAUUGCAACAACAGUAGCGUCUAGAGAAGACGGGUGAUCAAUCCCGAAUUGGAUCGCCUUCUUUCGGCUUAGAAUCCGCAAAAGUCAACGCGGAUCGAGAUUCGGCCAACGAACGCAAGCUGUCGUUUAUCUGAAAAAUUCGAAGCGAUCCUGGGUCGGGUCGGGUUAUCGUUUAUCAGCGGUGACAUUGGCACGGCGAUUGAUCAGCACGCGAUGCCAAUUAAGUGACUUCGCGGCCUCCUUCCUGCCGAGACACCUGCCGUGCUCACCACAGGAGAGAAGGUUCUAUCACGGAGGGGUGAAUCAUAACGAUAGAUCGAAAUGGCGUUCGCGUGGCAUCUAAUAUCAAUCUUUUUCUUAAUGGUUACCUGGGGUGAACCUUGUACGGAGUACGGAUGUCCAGGACGGCCGCAGUACGAACCCUUCGUACCCGCGCCUCCAGGACUCACCCCCCAAUGCGCGCCACCGGGGCAGACCUUCUGCGAAACCCCAGAUCAUUAUCCUCGACAACUCAUCAAGUUUCUCGUCGACAAAUGCAGCUUCGACUUUAACACCGCGCUGCAAGAUGAGUCCCGCGACGAUUUCAACGCUUACAGUUCUCCACCGGAUUAUAAUCAAGGCUAUGAUUAUCCACGACAAGACGAUAGUCAAUUAUAUUCGCAGUCUCCUCUUGGAGGAGAGCCAGCUCCAGUGUACGGACCUCCAUCCAAUAGUAGUCGUUAUCAUGGUUACAAAUAUUCUACACCGCCGUACUCGCAAAGAAAUCCUUUCUUUCCGGAAGUAACGCUGAAGUAUCAUCACGACGUCCAACGACAAAUCGAGCGUGCUCAUUCGCAAGAAUCCAUAAACGUAUUUGAGUCAAACCAAUCGUGGCUAACGAAUAGGUAUUCGCGAGGUGACAAGAUAGCACCGCGAAGUUACAGCGUAAACCCGUUAUUGGGAUACGCGAAUCUUAAGGGUGACCGAGUAAAAAGGCAGUCGGAUUCGGAAAUCAUCUCCCUGUGUCCCACACGAGCCCAAUAUAUCGCUCCCAGAGCCGCUUUGAACAAACAGGGUAACUGGAUGUAUGUUGUUAAUAUUCCUGGACAAAACAAGUAUUCGCAGCUUGUCAGAAGCGAGAAAUGUUUGAAUGACGUGUGCGACGGUAUAUGCUCCAUCCCGGAGGGGUACAAGAGUAGAUGCGAGCAACAAUUUGUGCAAAAGAGACUAGUCGCACUCCAGGGUAGCGGAAAUCGACUUUACACCGACUUAUUCUGGUUUCCGCAUGGUUGCUCGUGCCAGAUCAUACCGAAUUUCUAAGGAUACUGCGACUACGGCGUCGUGCUAUAGCGCGAAAGGGUUAAUUUCAGGGGGUAAGCGCUAUUAAACGCGGUCGUGCACGUCGUUCUCUUCACGGUUGUAAUUCUGCGACAUAGAGCGCGCCUGGCAACAGCAUUGAAAGUGGGUACCGAUAAUGUAGUGUUCUAUGAACGGUGUGUAUCCGAGUAAAAGUGUGUAUCGCGACACGUAUUACCAGCGGUGUAAGACAGAGGCGGAUACACGUUGUCAGUUUAUCGUUAAUUACCAUUGUUAAUUGCGAAUCACGAACAGCAUAAUUCUGUUAAAUGCGUCAAUGAAUGCACUCGACGUGUUUCUCUGCGAUUAAUAGGUGGAGAAUCUUUCAGUGAGAGAUGUCGCUAUACCAAUAUUAUUACUCGCAUCGUACAUUUAAAUACAUAUAUAUACGAAUCUUUUAUAUACUUUAUUGAUUACAGCAAAAUCAUCUCGAAUAUUUCUUAUUUAUGUUUUGGCAUCCACGAUCACUGAUUCACUAUAAGCAUUCUACAGAGAUAAAUCGCGCAAUUGCGCGCUAUUAUCACAGAUUAUUAAUUCUACAUAUAGUUUUUAAUUAAUGUUAUUUUUUUUGUUUCAACAAUAUGUGAGAACUUUAUUUAGGGGAUGUUUCAACAAAUAGUUGUAUCACCAUAUGUUAAGAUUAUUUAUACAAUAUAAGUACUUCAAUGAGAAAAGGACGGCGGAAGAAAAUUUCGUAAUUAUGUAAUAUAACAGCAAAUCUGUUCUACGUGAUAUGAUUAAUACGCGAAUGAAU